AUGACGACUUCGCUGGUUCUGCAUCCACGCUGGGCGGACACCUUGAUGUACGUUUAUGAAAAAAGCCCGAAUGAAAACAACCAGAAUAAAAGCCAAACAAUGGAGGGACUGAGCGGUAAUUGCCCUGCGACCCACUGCAGGGACCUAAUGUCGCACCCCGCGCUGGGACGACAUUCUGGCUCCAUAGCGACCCACCAGGGCUCCGUCUACUCGGAUAUUUCUUCUCCAGACGCCGGCCGUCAGUGUCCCGCUCCUCAAACGUCAUCCAGUGCAUCUUUGAGCUACGGUUAUCCGUUUGGAAACCCAUAUUACGGCUGUAGAUUGUCUCAUUCGCACAACGUGAACUUGCAGCAGAAGCCCUGCUCGUACCAUCCCGCAGAUAAAUAUGCCGAGACCAGCACAGCGCUGCCCACGGAAGAACUGUCCACCAGGGCGAAAGAGUUUGCCUUCUACCCGAGUUUCGCCAGCUCAUAUCAGGCUGUCCCUGGAUAUCUCGACGUGUCAGUGGUGCCCGGUAUCAGUGCCCAUCCCGAACCAAGGCACGACGCCCUGAUCCCCAUGGAUGGUUACCAACACUGGGCUCUCUCCAAUGGCUGGGAUGGGCAGGUGUACUGCUCCAAAGAACAAACGCAGUCAUCUCAUCUUUGGAAAUCACCCUUUCCAGAUGUUGUGCCAUUGCAGCCUGAGGUCAGCAGUUACCGCCGCGGGCGUAAAAAACGUGUCCCUUACACCAAGAUGCAGCUGAAGGAGCUUGAGAAAGAGUAUGCAGCCAGCAAGUUCAUCACCAAAGACAAGAGAAGGCGCAUCUCGGCCGGCACCAACCUCUCUGAGCGUCAAGUUACCAUCUGGUUCCAAAACCGGCGAGUCAAGGAGAAGAAAUUUGUCAGUAAAUCCAAAAGCAAUCACAUGCACACCACUUGAUAAGAUCCUCGACCUUCUUGAAGCUGCAACUCAUACCUUCCAACAUCAUGCCAUAUAUUUACCUCUUGCAUAUAAAAUCGUGGCUGAAAAACAUUUUUGGCAGUGCUUUUUUAUUUAACUUCCAUCAUCUCCAUCGACCAUGCUACC